GACAGUGAUCAUUAUUCGUUUUGGUGUUGUCUAUUUAUUUUGUCCAUUUAUCGCUGUGAAAUCAAUUGAAUUCCAAACUGUUCAUUUAUUUUUAUUUGUUAUAUAUUUUAGAAUUUUUCCAUUAAUGUUAAGUACUCGAAAAUAAUGAUGCAACAUCAGUAUUGGGUAACAAAAAAGACUGUGUUAAAAAAAUUGGGAACCAAAGAAGAUGAAUGUAUCGUUGCUUCAGACGCUGAGCUUGAUGCGAAAUUGGAAUUGUUUCGAUCAAUAUCUGACAGCUGUUUGCAAUUACAACGCGUACUAGAUCAGUAUCAACAACGAUUAUGUAUUUUGGCUCAAGAGGAGAAUACUUUAGGCAAGUUUUUGCGAGAUGCUGGCAAAGGCUCGGAUGCUUCGGGCAAGCAUAUGAUAUCCGCCGGUAAAGCUAUAUCUUACUCCGGCCAGCAACGGUUAUCUGUGCGGGGACCGUUGUUGAGACUUUAUCAUGAAGUUGAAACAUUUAGAGGACGUGCUGUUAGCGAUAUGCGUGCUACAGUAUCAGCAAUGGAAAAAGCUCGCAUUGAAUAUCGUGCCGCGCUUAGUUGGAUGAAAUCUACGAGCGCGCAGCUCGAUCCAGACACUGGUCGCGGACUUGAUAAUUUUCGGAAAGCUCAGCGUCAAGUACGCGAGAGUAAAAAGCUUUUUGAUAAAUUAACACUUGAUGUCUUGCAGAAGAUUGAUCUCUUAGCGGCUGCAAGAUGCAACAUGUUCUCCCAUGUUCUUUCAACUUACCAGAGUUCCUUUUCAACAUUUUCAACAAAAGUGGUCCAAACUUUGAUUGCUACAGCUGAUACAAUGAGCUCUACACCACUCUAUGAAUUUUCUAUAUUGAAGGAAUUAUCCCAGAAUUUAGAAGCUGAAACCAAACAAGAAGUAGUGCCGCAGGAUAAAGAUCAAAUGUUAUUUUUUCAGGAUGAAUAUAAAGAUGAUAAUAAUGAUAAGAAAAAGAACAAAGAUACUACUGAAACUAGUGAUGCCAAAGAAAAAUCACCUCCGUCCAUAAAUCCUACAACUCCAUCAACAUCAAAUUUAAUUGAUACUGGUUGUACUGAGUCAGAAAGUACUGGGGAAUCUUCUGGAAUAAUAUCAGAUUUGGCUGGACUACAAUUGGACUGUGGUGACAUGCCCACCCAUUUUAGCUCUUUUAUGCCCUCUCAGUUGUUACAAAAUUUGACUGCGCCUAAUUUGUUCCAAAACCCUCUAACACCGAACACCAAUAACAACAAAAAAUCAAAUUCUCCACAAAGUAGCUAUUUAGCUCCAAUGGCUCCGAAAAAAGAAGACAAGGCAGCUUGGUUCAAGUUGUUCGCUGAAUUGGAUCCUUUGGCCAACCCUGACAACAUACCUGGUACAAAUACUAACCAAAGUCAUGCUGCAUAAUUUAUUACUGUUAUUACAAUUAUAUAUUUAUAUUAUAUACUGUGCAUAAAAAGCAAUU